AUGGGUCAAUACAGCGUUGAGUCCCACGAAAAUGGCGAGAAGGUUUAUGACCUUAUUUGCGUCGGCUUUGGGCCCGCAUCUCUAGCAAUUGCUAUCGCCAUUCAAGAAAUGCUCCCGGAAGCACGCCCAAACGUCCUAUUCCUGGAACGGCAACAGCAAUUCGUCUGGCACUCUGGGAUGCUUCUUCCCGGCUCCAAAAUGCAAAUCAGCUUCAUCAAGGACCUUGCAACUCUUAGAAAUCCACAAUCCUCAUUUACCUUUUUGAAUUAUCUCAAAGAGAAUGGCAGGCUUUUGGACUUUAUCAAUCUAGGAACUUUCCUACCAUUGCGAGAAGAGUUCAAUGACUACCUGCAAUGGUGCGCUAGCAAGUUUGCCAACUUGGUUAGCUACGGCGAAACCGUCACUUUGGUUGAGCCAGUCAAGAACAAUAACACCGGCAAGGUCGACAACUUUGUUGUCCAUUCAAAAGUUGGAGGAAUCGAAGAAACAAGAAGGGCAAAGCAUGUCGUCGUCGCUGUUGGUGGGCGACCACUCCUGCCAAAGCCGUUGCCAGAAUAUCACCCAAGAAUUGUGCAUUCGUCACAAUACUCUUCGCGAGUUCCACAAAACCUCACAGACCGAAAUGCUGCUUAUCGCAUUGCGGUUAUUGGAGCUGGUCAGAGUGCGGCUGAAACAUUCUCGGAUGUUGCCUCCAGAUACCCUAAUGCCCAAACCACAAUGUUCCUCAGAGGGGAUUCUCUGAAACCCAGUGACGAUAGUCCAUUUGUUAACGAAAUCUUCAAUCCUUCUGCUACGGACAAAUUCUUCCAAACCCCAGCUGCAGAACGCCACCAGCAACUAGUCGAGAACCGUGCAACAAACUAUAGCGUUGUUCGCCUCGAACUCAUCGAAAAGAUCUAUAAUGAUCUCUAUGUCCAGCGUCUCAGAGAUCCAUCUGGCGCUAGCUGGAAAAUGAAUAUCAAAAACCACACGGAAGUCACCGGCUUCAAGAACCUAUCUGAGAAGACUGUGGGUCUACAGAUGACCCACCGAGAAAAUGGCCUUGAGACUGUUGAGAACCACGAGUUUGAUCUUGUGAUUGUCGCGACAGGAUACGCUAGAGAUAUGCAUCAACAAAUUCUUGACCCAACUCGGGAAUUGCUUGAGGAUGCUACAGUAGCGAGAUUCCCGAUAAACAGAGACUACAGGGUACAGUUCUCUGGAGAGAAAGUCAGCUCGGAUGCUGGCAUCUAUCUUCAAGGAUGCAAUGAAACAACACACGGGUUGAGUGACACACUCCUCUCCGUCCUUGCCGUGCGUGCAGGAGAAGUGGUUGAGUCGAUUUUCAUGAAGUCAGCCUCUAACGGCCAUUCGAAUGGUCAUUCUAACGGUCAUGCCUCGAAAGUCUCAGCAAAGAAGGCAGAGGUUUACACCAAUGGAAACGGCCAUAAUGGCGUAACUUCAAACGGAUACCACUGA